AAUAGUUUGUAUUUUUUUUUUUUUUCAGCAGGGUAACGAUACCUAUACUUUGCUGCACACUAUUGACAAUAUUAAGCUGAAGCAAAUCCCAAUCGUAAUAUCUGUCAAAAAUAUGUGAUAUACAUGUUAUGUGUAUGUUGUUUCAUUUACUAACUGCAUAUUUUCUUUAAAAAAAAAAACGACUAACACCAGCUUCUCUAAUCUUUUUGUACGUUUUUUUUUUAAUUUAUUAUACAAUUAGCAAAAACAAAAAAAGGCCUCUAAAACUUGCUUGCUCUAUUCUUUUUCUAUUCUAUACUUCAAAGAGUGAAUCCCGCAUAAAUAUACAGACGUCAUUCCUGAAACUUUGCAACGUGUGUGGCCGAAAAACAAAGUUCUACAUUUUAAAUUGAUUAUAGACCAAAAAGCUGUCACUCUUUGUUUAGUGACUACAUACUACAUACUACAUACAUCGUGCCGCAAAACAACACCAAACCCCCCCAAGUUGGUUUAAUUAGCUAAAACAAACGCAUUUAAAAUUUUAAUAGGUGAACGGGUGACAUCUCUUUUGGCUUUAUCUUGACAUUUAGACUUUCCUCCCAUUUCAAAAUGUUCUUAUUAAACUGUGAUAAGCAUGGAUGUCCUGUUCUUUUUUAGUUGCUCCACCCUGUUGGUGUCCCCAAAUAAUCCUAAAGUAUGUGUCAUAAAUGCAGUAAACUGAAUAGAAAUUGUUCAGAUAAAUCUGUUGUUAAUAAUAAUUAUUUCAGACAAAACAGGCAAGGCAUUCAAUAUUAUUUAUGUAAGAGUUGUCACAAUCCUUCAGUAAAUUAAUAUAUUUGAUAGAAUAGGCCUACUGUAUUUCUGAUCAUUAUUUUAGGAUAUAUAACAUUGCUGUUUUGAUAGAUAGAUGAUAAAAACAGCUAAAUUAAUUAUUUGUCCGUAACUAUUAGCUGAAGUCUGAGAGGUGGAGCUGGGGCGUUGUUGGGUGUGGCAGCACUGCGCGUUAUAAAAGACCCUUAUACACCUAAACCUCUGCUCUUGUAAUAACAAGAAUCGGAAUAUGAGCUUGACAGCUAAGGAUAGAGAUGUGGUCAAGUCAUUCUGGGGUAAAAUCUCUAGUAAGGCCGACGCCAUAGGCCAAGAAGCUCUGGGAAGAAUGCUUGCUGUCUACCCUCAGACUAAAAUAUAUUUUCCUCAGUGGUCUGAUUAUUCUCUCGGUUCUGCCAAAGUGAAGAAACACGGAAAAAAUGUGAUGGCAGCCAUCACUGAUGCUGUGGGCAAAAUGGAUGAUCUUAUUGGUGGACUGAGCUCCUUGAGUAAUCUCCAUGCCAAGGUUCACCUAGAUCCUGUAAACUUCAAGAUUCUGACCCAUAACAUCCUCGUGACUCUUGCAGUUAAUUUCCCCGCUGACUUCACCGCAGAAGUGCACGUGGCCGUGGACAAGUUCCUUGCGGCUCUGUCUGCAGCCCUCGCUGAUAAAUACAGAUUAACUCAUCAUUCCGGGGCUUCUCGUGCAUCUGCAAACAGAGGCACUUCAAACGAUAAAGCUAAAGUAUCAGAUGCAAUUAAUAAAAUCUCUAACAAUCGAAAAGGUUUCUUCUUUAUGUUUUUUUCCCGGUCGAUAUGAACCAAAUCAGUAUAU